AUGACACAUCAAUUAGGAUCUUCAUCCUCUGGUGCUAAAAGUAAUGGUCUCGAUGGAGAGAUAUGCACAACAAAGGAAAAGAGCUUCCCAUGCAAAUUUUGCAAGCAAAAGUUCUCUACCUCACAAGCUUUGGGGGGACACCAGAACGCACAUAAAAGAGAGCGUUCCUUAGAAAAAUUUUGUGAGCAACUUGAUGCUAGUUGUUUUGAGCCUUCACACUUUCCUUCUUAUUCUUCAUAUCCAACCCUCCAUGAAGGUUUAGACAGGUCAUUUUUUGAUGGCUCCUUGAAUCUCAAGUCUUCUAAUCCUUUGAUGACCUCAAGUGGAUUUCGAUACGAUCAAGGCUCACCAUAUUUCAAUGCGAUCGGAAAUAUAAGAAGUCAUCAUUCAAGGUUAGAGGAUUAUCGUAAUGGAACACUUGCACUAUUCCCAAAUUCCACCAAUGUAGCAAGCCAAGUUAUGAGCACAACGCUCACUUCAAGGUCAAGGAAUGACGGUGAAACUCUUGCACUUUUCCCAAAUGUUAGUGUAGCAAGUCAAGCUCCAAUGCCAAUAGGAAGUAAUUCUCGUUCUAUGCCGGAAGAAACUUCUGAACUGCCAGCAACUGAUAUUGAUUUGUCACUUAGGCUUGGUUUCACAUCUUGA